AUGAAGGGCAUAAUAUACCUUGGAGCAGCGGUUGCACUGCUCAGAUCCGUUGCUGCUUUCCUUCCCACGAAUCAUGACGACUACGAUGACCAAGACCAGGUCAUCUUGCAGCCCGCAAAGGGACUUAACAAAGCCGCCAGUACUGUAGCAGAAUCAACCGAACACAUCGAAGCAGCGAUACCAGCCCAAAGGUUCGCCUCCAACUCUCCUCGACCCCACGACACACCAUCCCAGAACCCAGGCCAAAGCCCCUCACCCCAUGAUACCACCCUUCACCCAUCCCAGCCCCAAAAAUCCAACUUCACCAUCGGCUCCGCCUCCUCCCAAUGGGCCAUAGCCUACACCCCUUACACCAGCACCCUAUCCUGCCUCUCCGCCUCCUCCAUCCGUUCCGACGUCGCCACCAUAGCCCGCAAAGGCUUCACCUCCAUCCGCCUCUACUCGAUCGACUGCUCCGCGCUCCGCCACGUCGGCCACGCCGCCCGCACCCACGGCCUGAAACUCAUCAUCGGCAUCCCCAUCGACGACGGCCUCGCCGACGCCGAAACCCAACUCUCCGACCUAAUCGCCUGGGCCGGCACUCCCGCCGACAACCAAUGGUCACUGAUCGAACUCAUCGUCGUCGGCAACGAAGCCAUCUUCAACACCCACGCCACCGCCCCCGCCCUCGCAACCUUCAUCACCACCUCCCGCGUCACCCUCCGCGCAGCCGGCUACGCCGGCCCCGUCACGACCACCGAACCCCUCUCCAUCCUCGCCCAGCACCGCCGCACCCUCUGCCCGGCCCUCGACCUCGCCGCCGCCACCAUCCAGCCCUUCUUCCACCCCUCCGUGCCCGCCGCCGCCGCCGGCGCCUACGUCCGGUCCGAGCUCGCGCGCCUCGCGGCCGUGUGCCCGGGCCUGCCGGCCGUGUGCCUGGAGACCGGGUGGCCGAGCCGCGGCCGCCCGAACGGGGCCGCCGUGCCGGGCUACCUGGAGCAGUGGAUGGCCGUCGCGGGCAUCAUGGCCGAGGGGGCCGGGGGCCGGAGCGUGGUCUUGGGCUUCGGGGACGAGGGGUGGAGGGACGAGGGGGCGUUUGGGGUCGAGGGGAGUUGGGGGUGCGGGCAUGUUUUUGGGGAGUGA